AUGACGAAAAAGAAUAACAAGAACAAGCACAUUUCGGCAUAACUUUAAACAAAACCUUAUUUUAGAAACAAAUUAAAUGCAAUUUCACAAAAAUGUUAGCAAUGAGUGAUGAAGCUGAUUUCACGGAUUUCCACGAAGUUAACGAAAAUAAUUUUGAGCAAAUAAAAAACAAAGCAACCAAGAUUGGUUAUGCCGACGGUGUAAAUGAUGGUCGUGAAAGUGUUUUUCAAAAUGGAUUUGAUCAAGGCUAUAAAGAUGGCCUACGGACAAGUUUCGAUUUGGAAAAAUUUCGGUAUUUUUUCAAAAAUUUAAACAUCGACAAAAUAAAGGAUAAAGAUUUGCUUAAAGAAAAGGAGGCAUAUAAAAAUCUUCAAAUAACAGAAUCAAAAUCCCAUCUGCAUUUUAAAUAUCUAAAUCACCCUGAUGAUAGUUUAGAUUUUAUAUCACAAAAGCAACAUGAAUAUGUCGAAAAAAUAAUGGAAAAGUUCACACAAGAAUUGCCCAAGGCAACAGAUUUAUUGAAAGUGCAGUCGCAUACAGAUUUUAUGUAAAAAGUUCUUAUUUAAGAUCUUUUUGUUUUCGUUUUAUUAAAUUGUAAAUGUAAUAUUAUAUAAUAAUGAUUUAUAAAUAAAGACCUUCGGGAGUGCCCUCUUUUUUCCGGUACAAAACA